CCUCUGUGGCAUGCGAAUGGUGAGGACCUUGGGCACCCCUUGCUCCCUGCAGCUGCGUCCCGGAGCCCACCGGUUCACUUGGGAGGAGCGGAAUGUCCUCGGUUAUCCCAGGACGGGUCUGGCUCAGCGGGAGCUCCUGGUGGCGCUGCCCAGGGGCCACGCAAGCGGCUGGCGCUACUUCCCCAAGGCCAGGCGGGAAGGGGGCAGGAAAGGGUGUUCUCCUCCCCUUCGGCCCCGCUCCCGGCCCUAGGGAGGGGCCAGCCGCGCGAGUGCGUCCUUUCCCAGCCGCUGCCCCCAGGCCGGGAGCAGCACCUGGGCCCCCGGCGGCCGCGGCGGCGUGUCCCGCUGCCGCCUGGGCCGGGGCCGGGGGCCGGGGGCCGGGGCCGGGGCGGGGGCGCGGGCGCAUCCCGCCUCCGCCGCCUUCAGGGGCGCCGCGUCCCGCUGGCGGCGCCUCAUGGCGCGAUGCAGCUGCAGUGGGAGGGAGAGGAAACCCACCCCCCUCGCCCGGCGGCCGCCUUUGUAACCGCCCGGCCCAGCUCAGCGCGCAGCGGCUCGGGGAGCGCCGGAGCGCAGCGGCGGGAGCAGAUGGAGCCAGAGGGUUGCCCUUGUUCUCCUUUUCAAAUCAAGUGUCACAUUGACUCUAAUCCUGUGUUGGAAGCAUGUGGGGAGCAGCACAUCAGCUCAGCACAAUGUCUCCAUCAGGCUGGAAGGAAGCCCAAAACCAAAACUGCACUGGCCAAAAUGCAUCCUCUACAGAAACCCCAAGUACCUCCUAAGCCUGUCCAUCUCAAACCUGGGCAGGAAAGAAUUCCUCCUGCACCAUCUCGGCCUUUGCCAGCUGAUCCCAAGUCAUCAAGGAGCUUAGCACCUGAAGAGGAAGAAAUACCGAUAUCAGCAGGAGUCAACACUCUCAUUGAGAAAUUUGAAAGUAUUAGGCAACCUGUACAUAUUCUUCAAAGAAACCAGCUAAAUUUAGCUCUUAAGAUGGAACCUGGCCUGGACUCAUCCAAGCAGACAAGCUUAUAUGACUGUGACACAGUGGCUUCCAGUGGCUCUUCCCCAAAUGACAAAACUGAAUUGGAUGAAGCUGAGCCCAAUGUACUGUGCAGCACAGAUCUAACUAACACAGACAUAAUGAAAAUUAAAGAGCUGAGCAUAGGUGAUAACAAAAGCCAUGAAGACUGUACUGCUCUGACUGUGAGCAAAGAGCCACAAGAAGAGCUUGGCAAUAAAGACUCAACUGCAGAACUGAAUGGGAGUGGUAAAAUUCCCAACAGAGACAGUGGCAUUGACAGUCCUUCUUGUAGUGUGGCUGGGGAAACAUUCCCCAGUGAAGAAGGGGCAGAGCAGAAGAAGCCCAGCAUACCUGGGAACCCAGGAGAGAUGGAACCUGACAGAAAGGGCAGCAAAUCUUCCUCUAUGGAGCAGAAGAGAGACUCCACACAGGAUGAGGACAGUGACAUUGAUGAAGGAAGCAGUGAGGAGCAAGAGAUGGCAGAAGUGCCAAAGUUAGAGUAUUUGGAUGUAAACAAGUGUACAGAGCCCCAAAAGCUAUUCAACAUCGCCAAUGAGCUGCUCCACACAGAGGAAGCGUAUGUUAAAAGACUCCAUCUCUUGGAUCAGGUUUUUUGCACUAAAUUGUCUGAAGCAGGGAUUUCAUCUGAAGUGAUAACAGGCAUCUUCUCAAAUAUUUCUUCCAUCUAUUGUUUCCAUGGACAAUUUCUUCUUCCUGAGCUCAAAACAAGAAUUACACAAGAAUGGAGUGUCAACCCACGGCUAGGAGAUAUCCUACAGAAACUUGCUCCUUUUCUGAAAAUGUAUGGAGAAUAUGUAAAGAACUUUGACAGGGCAAUGGACAUAGUGAACACAUGUAUGCAGCGGUCCUCUCCCUUCAAAGACGUUGUUCAGAACAUACAGAAACAGGAGGUGUGUGGAAACCUGACUUUGCAGCAUCACAUGCUUGAACCAGUGCAAAGGAUUCCUCGUUAUGAGCUUCUCCUGAAGGACUACUUAAAGAAACUUCCAGAAGACUCUCCAGACAGGAAAGAUGCUGAAAAGUCACUGGAGCUGAUAUCGACAGCAGCAAACCAUUCCAAUGCAGCCAUCCGGAAGAUGGAAAAGAUGCACAAGCUUUUGGAAGUCUAUGAGCGCCUGGGUGGUGAAGAGGAUAUUGUUAACCCAGCCAAUGAGCUCAUUAAAGAAGGACACAUUCAGAAACUUUCAGCAAAGAAUGGCACAGCACAGGAUAGGUAUUUAUUCCUGUUUAACAGCAUGGUGCUGUACUGUGUGCCAAAACUGAGGCUGAUCGGCCAGAAGUUCAGUGUCCGAGAGAAGAUGGACAUUGCAGGACUACAGGUCCAAGAAAUUGCCAAGCAAAAUGUGGCUCAUACCUUUUCCAUAACAGGAAAAAAGAGAUCAUUGGAACUACAAGCCAGGACAGAAGAGGAGAAGAGGGAAUGGAUUCAUGUCAUUCAAGCCACAAUAGAAAAGCACAAACAGAACAGUGAGACCUUCAGAGCUUUCAAUAGCUCCUUUUCACAAGAGGAGGAGCAUCUUCCUGAUUCCUCAUGUUUAAUAUAUUUGAGGAAGAAUGUCCAUGUUGGGACUGUUCUGUGUCAUUCUGUUUCUCCUCAGAUAGCCAGCACCAGCUCAGUGGAAUCAAUGCCAGGAGCAGAUGGUGGUGGUGCAUCAGGAGGGAGUGAUUCCUCUAGGAAAUCUUCCAAAUCCAAGCGAGACAAAGAGAAACAGUCUUGUAAGAGCUGCAGCGAGAGCUUUAACUCCAUCACGAAGAGGCGGCACCACUGUAAGCAGUGUGGGGCAGUGAUCUGUGCAAAAUGCUCUGAGUUUAAGCCACUUGCAGAUAACAGCCGCCACAAUCGAGUGUGUAAAGAGUGUUUCCUGCAGCUCCCAGCAAGCCCCUGCAGCCCUGGGGUGGAAACAGUUGGGGAACAGAAGAAAAGACUAGCUGCAGAGAAGCAAAGCAUCCUUGCGGCUGAAAACAGCCUCUUCAGCAGCUACCUCCAGUUCCUUGAAAAAGGGAAGACUUGGUACAAAAUGUGGGUGACCAUCCCCAAAAGUGAACCUCUUGUACUGUAUCUGCAAGGAAGCAGCCAGGAUGGACGAGGCCCACGUCCUAUCCCUCUGCCCGGCUACGAAGUCAGUUUACCAGGUUCUGGUGAGAAGUUUGAAGUGAAGCAUGUUUUUAAGCUUUGCCAGUCCCAUCAAACUCUCUAUUUCAGUGCAGAAGACGAAGAGCUGCAGAUGAAAUGGAUGGAAAUUCUCACCAAAGCUGCCAAAGGGGAGACUGAGGAUACAGUUGAAGGGCUCAGCAACCCAUAGAGCAAGUUUCAUUUAGUUUUUUUCCUACAUGCUAUAAACCAUCACUUGAAUUUUGUAUUCAUGGCACCUUGGAAUCUGUAUGGCUUUAUAUUUUCGUGUGUCUCAAUAGGAAAUUCAGUGGUUUCUCACCUUUUGUUGUACAUUUUUCACGUACAGUAGCUACCUGCCAUAUAUUAUGUUAAAGGAAAAAGUAGUUAUAGUUGUUGGUGGUGUCAAUGCUGGUUUUAAAACAAAAGACAAGGAGCAAAGCAUUAAUUUUAACAAAGGUAAUGGAAAACCAUCAGUCUUUUGUUUUCCUAAAUGUAUAUUUUCCAGUCCUUUUGAUUGCUGUUGAGUGCAGGAUGUGUAUAGUCUGUGAUUAGUUCUAUAAAUGCUGCCUUUUAAGUUAAGUGUUGUAAAGGCUUGUGCUGGCCACUGACAUUCCAUUCUCUGCCUUGCCUUCCUGGUAAGGUCUUUGUGAUGUGUGAGCAAUGUGCUGAGUAUUUUCCCCUUGCUAAAGCUAUGUCUCUGCUACUUUGAGAUGACCUGUUCAAAUACUGUAGGAGGGACGUCUAAAAAUGACUGCAAAUGGUGCAGAACAGAACAUUAAGAAGCCUCAUUGAUUUUAAGCAUUUAUUAUAUUGAUUGCUUUCUUCUGGAACCACUUGCUUUCCUUCCAUCUAUUGGAACCCAUUUUGAUGUAAGUGAACAAACAUUUUUAUACUGCAAACUGGGUUAUGAUCAAUAAACAAGAACAUUUUUAGUACACACCAUACAAAAAGGUGACUUUUUUGUUGUAUUGGUUAAUUUAAGUGGCCUGGAUUUUAUUUAUAUAAUUUGUAAAUAAUGUUUCAUAAGUAUUUUAAGAAUUUUUAAAAUAUCUCAGCUAAUUAACAGGAUUUAGAGCAUAGUGUAAGAGAUAUUUGUAUGAAGUGAAUUUGUAAUUUAAUUUUCCUGUUCACCUGUUUUUGUCCUAUUUUCAAACAUAAAUGCUUAUCUAUUUAAAUAAAAAUUCCUGCAGUUAACUCCUGAGCCAGAUUUCCAAGGCACAGCAAAGUUUAGGUCAACAUUUAAUGUAGGUUAAAAAAAAUAUAAAAGUCCAAAAUAAACAAAAAAAAGGGCAUGUCUGUUCCUAGUGGUAGUAAGCAUGUAGUAUCAAUCAAAAUGAAAUAAAAUCUGUCACAGUACUGUA